AGGAAGGGGCGGGGCCUCACCAGCCCACUGACUCGGCUUUACUCUGGAAAACCAGACAAACUGUCUCUGUGGCUUCAGGACGUUUUAUUUUCCUCUGUGAACCGUCUCUUCGACUUUCAGAUGAUGACGUGACCUCGGGGCUGCAGAGCGGUGGCCGCCUCAGCUGUCAGUGAUGGAGGACGUCUGGUCUGUGGCCGUGGGAGUUUUCCAGGUGUGGAUGUUUGUGGUGGUCUUCUUCAUCAUGCUGCCCGCCAUGUUUGGCCUCUCCCUGGGGGUCACCGGGGUCUACAUCCAGAUCCUGGUCAAAAUCCUGGAGUGGGCCACGCUACGAAUCCAGAGAGGACGGCAGGAGCAGCCCAGCGUGCCUGUCCCUCUGCCCAACGGGAUCAUCGAGCGAGCGGGGGGCUCGAUGGAGGAGGAGAUGGGGCAGCUGCGGAGCUCUCGCUCUCUGGCGGGGGGCGAGUUUUCUCUGAGCGACGCCUUCUAUUUCUACAAGAAGGGUCUGGAGAGCAUCGCGGACGAUCAGGUGACCCAGCGCUUCUCCUCCGAGGAGCUGGCUACCUGGAACCUCCUCACCCGCACCAACCAGAACUUCCGCUACAUCAGCCUCCGCCUCACCGUCAUCUGGGGUGUCGGCGUCUUCGUACGGUACUGCGUCCUCUUCCCCCUCAGGAUCACUCUGGCCAUCAUCGGCCUGUCGUGGCUCGUGAUCGGGACCACGCUGGUUGGGUUUUUACCUGAGAGCAGUGCGAAGAACUGGCUGAGUGAAGUGGUCCAUCUGACCUGCUACAGGAUCUGUGCCAGAGGACUGUCAGCCACCGUCCACUACCACAACAAAGAGAACAGACCUCAGAAAGGAGGAAUCUGUGUUGCUAAUCACACCACACCCAUCGAUGUGGUGAUUCUGGCCAAUGACGGCUGCUACGCCAUGGUGGGUCAGAUCCACGGUGGUCUGAUGGGGGUCAUCCAGAGGUCGAUGGUCAGGUCCUGUCCUCACGUUUGGUUCGAGAGGUCGGAGAUGAAAGACCGCCACGCUGUGACCAGCAGACUCAGAGCGCACGUCGCCGCGAAGACCAAACUACCCAUCCUCAUCUUCCCUGAAGGAACUUGUAUCAACAACACGUCGGUCAUGAUGUUUAAGAAGGGAAGCUUCGAGAUCGGAGGGACCAUUUACCCCGUCGCAAUAAAGUACGACCCUCGCUUCGGUGACGCCUUCUGGAACAGCGGGAAAUUCAACAUGGUCAGUUACCUGCUGCGGAUGAUGACCAGCUGGGCCAUCGUGGUCAACGUGUGGUACCUGCCCCCCAUGACCAUACAGGACGGGGAAGACGCAGCUCAGUUUGCCAACAGAGUGAAAUCUGCCAUCGCCCACCAGGGGGGGCUGCUGGACCUGGCCUGGGACGGAGGACUGAAGAGAGGGAAGGUGAAGGACUCGUUUAAAGAGGAGCAGCAGAAGAUGUACAGCAGCAUCAUCGUAGGAGUCAACAACACAGAGGAGGAGUGACAUCAUCACCAUCAUCAUCAUCGUUAUCGUCAUCAUCACUGUGAUGUGUGAACGCCUCAUAUCCAGAAGCUGGAUCUCCAGGAAGCCUCAGAUACAGCAGCUGAUCAUCAAUCAAUCAAUCGAUCAAUAAGAGACUGUAUCAACUCUUAAAGUCUUAUUCUACAUUUUUAUAACAUGGUGUGUGUGUUUGCGUGUGUGUGUGUGUUUGUGUGUGUGUGUAUAGGUGUGUGUGUGUGUGUGUGUGUGUGUGUGUGUGUGUGUGUGUGUGUUGUGUGUGUGUGUGUGUGUGCGUGUAGGUGUGUGUGUGUGUGUGUGUGUGUGUGUGUGUGUGUGUAGUGGUGCACUUGCACCAGCAGGAGGCAGUGUAACACAACACAAUAUGAACUGUUGGUUUCUUCAGCUGUGAUCAAUAUUCUGUUAUUAUCUGUCAGUGUGUGUGUUUUAUAAACCAGACGGACUCAGA